AUGAAGCUCUUGCGGCAGGUACCUGGGCACCACACCUGGAGCGCGUCCCUGUUCGCCUGCCUGACCGUCCACGCCUGGACGCUCUGCGCCGCCGCCGCCGCCUCGCCCGCCGCCCCGAGCUGCCCCGCCGCCUGCUCCUGCAGUAACCAGCUGGGCAAGGUGGUCUGCACGCGCCGCGGGCUGGCCCAGGUGCCCCCGGGCAUCCCCUCCAACACCCGGUACCUCAACCUGAUGGAGAACAACAUCCAGCUGAUCCAGGCGGACACCUUCCGCCACCUGCACCACCUGGAGGUCCUGCAGCUGGGCAGGAACGCCAUCCGGCAGAUCGAGGUGGGCGCCUUCAACGGGCUGGCCAGCCUCAACACCCUGGAGCUCUUCGACAACUGGCUGACCGUCAUCCCCAGCGGGGCCUUCGAGUACCUCUCCAAGCUGCGGGAGCUGUGGCUGAGGAACAACCCCAUCGAGAGCAUCCCCUCGUACGCCUUCAACCGGGUGCCCUCCCUCAUGCGCCUGGACCUGGGCGAGCUGAAGAAGCUGGAGUACAUCUCCGAGGGGGCUUUCGAGGGCCUGUACAACCUCAAGUACCUCAACCUGGGGAUGUGCAACAUCAAGGACAUGCCCAACCUCACGCCCCUGGUGGGGCUGGAGGAGCUGGAGAUGUCGGGGAACAACUUCCCCGAGAUCAAGCCGGGCUCCUUCCACGGGCUCAAGUCGCUCAAAAAGCUCUGGAUUAUGAACUCGCAGAUCAGCCUGAUCGAGCGCAAUGCCUUCGAUGACCUCACGGCGCUGGUGGAGCUCAACCUGGCGCACAACAACCUCUCCUCCCUGCCCCACGACCUCUUCGCCCCGCUGCGCUACCUGGUGGAGCUGCACCUGCACCACAACCCCUGGGACUGCGACUGCGACAUCCUCUGGCUGUCCUGGUGGCUGCGCGAGUACAUCCCCACCAACUCCACCUGCUGCGGGCGCUGCCACGCGCCCCUGCACAUGCGGGGCAGGUUCCUGGUGGAGGUGGACCAGACCUCCUUCCAGUGCUCGGCGCCCUUCAUCAUGGACGCCCCGAUGGACCUCAACAUCUCCGAGGGGCGGGUGGCCGAGCUCAAGUGCCGGACUCCUUCCAUGUCCUCCGUUCGGUGGUUGCUGCCGAACGGGACGGUGCUGAGCCACGCGUCCAGCCACCCGCGCAUCUCCGUCCUCAACGACGGCACCCUCAACUUCUCCCACGUGCUGCUGACGGACACCGGCCUCUACACGUGCAUGGUGACCAACGUGGCGGGGAACUCCAACGCCUCGGCCUACCUCAAUGUGAGCACGGCCGAGCUCAACACCUCCAACUACAGCUUCUUCACCACCGUCACGGUGGAGACCACGGAGAUCUCCCCCGAGGACGUCUCCCCCAAGUUCACCAAGCCCGUGCCCACCACCUCCACGGGCUACCAGCCGGCCUACACCACCACCACCACCGUCCUGGUGCAGACCACGCGGACGCCCAAGCAGGUGGCCGUGCCCACCGCCGACGCCGGCGACAAGAUGCAGACCAGCCUGGACGAGGUGAUGAAGACCACCAAGAUCAUCAUCGGCUGCUUCGUGGCGGUGACGCUCCUGGCCGCGGCCAUGCUCAUCGUCUUCUACAAGCUCCGCAAGCGGCACCAGCAGCGCAGCACCGUGACGGCCGCCCGGACGGUGGAGAUCAUCCAGGUGGACGAGGACAUCCCGGCGGCGGCGGCGGCGCCCGCCGGCGUCUCAGGUGAGGGGGCGGUCGUGCUGCCCGCCGUUCAUGACCACAUUAACUACAACACCUACAAAGCCGCGCACGGGGCCCACUGGACAGAGAACAGCCUGGGGAACUCGCUGCACCCCCCCGUAACCACCCUCUCUGAACCCUAUAUCAUUCAGACCCACACCAAGGAGAAAGUGCAGGAAACUCAGAUAUGACUUCUAUUUUUUUUCUUCUUUUUUUUUUUUCAUU